UUCGCAGUGAGCAGAGCUCUUGAAAGUAGAAAAUAAAAAAAGUAAAAAUUAAAUUCCUCUCUUUGAGUCGUUGUGUCGAGCAUCUUUGGUUUUUUCGCAUUCCUCCUCCCACCGUCUUAUUAACCCAUCCAAGCAGCAAACUCCCACGAGUCGCACUCCCAACUGCUAAAUAGAAACAUCAGCGCUCCAAGUUCCUUCUCAUUUAUUGGUAAGAAAAGCAUUUGGCGAAAAUGGUUCCAGUUACAAAGCCAAACACCAAGGAGGUGCAAUGUCAGCUUUCCACUGGCGAGGAGUCGCCGGAGCAGCCGCAAUCACCGGAACAACAACAACAGCAGCAGCAGCAGCCAGAGGUCAUUGUUACUCCAAAGAGCGGACGCGUUGGUAUUUUCAAUGCGGAGGAUUUUCUGUCGCGUGCUCAGCGAAACGACAAGAUCAACAACAUUUUGCGCUCUCCAACCAAAGCUCCCAAUGGUGUGCGCCAGCGCUCUGUUUACACCAACAACAAUCCAUCGCCACAAGCAUCGUUGCGUCUGCCCAUGUCGCAGGCUUCGCUCUCAUCGCGUAUGAGCAGCAUGUCGCUCAACAGCAGCAGCGCUAGCGUAGGCACCAAUACCUCAGUAUUGGCCAAGGAAUGCUCCAGUCAAACCAACGCCGGUGGCUCGUACCGCGCCAUGCAACUGGGCAUGCAUCAUUCGCCUUCGCAGCCGUUGCUUAGUGCCAUUACGCCCGAUAUAGACCCCAGCAAUAUUAUACGUGGAGGCAAAUCGCUCACUGCUCGCUAUCCUGGCCAUUACAGCUUUGAGAAUACUGGCGCCUACAUUCCGCCUCAACCUCAGCCACCAAUCCAUCAUUCGCAGCAGUUUCCAUCGCCGAUGCCGCCACCACCUCAUGCCUUGGGUAGAGUCAGCUCGCGCACUUUUGAAUUUGAGAACAGCCCUCCACCACCGCCGCCCUGCCGCCCAGCCAUGUCGAAGGCACCAACCAGCGCGCUACGCAUGGUGUCGGUUACCCCAUUCUAUCUGUACAUCAAAUGUUUUUACUGCAGCCUGAGCAGACUUGGACAAGGCAGUGCGGUGCGAACCAACGCAGCAUGGCCGUCUCCUAUCUCGCAAGGACUUUUGAUUCAUCCAAAUGGGCGCAUAUUGCAAAGCGGCUCCAAGGUGGAAAUUGUUACUUAUGAUGGCAUGAAGGCCAACAAUUUUGUGCGAUACGCCAAGAUGUGGUACAAAGGUGUGAGCUUCACAAGCGAGUCUUGCGCUUUGAUUUAUCUGGUAGACACUGCGGGCACACGCACCACAACCGACACAUUCACUGAUCUGACCAAGGACUACACCUUGGCUGUGUUUUAUGACGAUUCUCGUCACGGUCCGUCUUUUGUGCCGGAUGCUCAGGAGGUGAUUGCAAAGUCCACUUAUGCAUGCGCCGACGAUGGCACCGAGACAUAUGACAUCAAUGGCUUCCGCAUUAUACAGGCUGCUGAUGGGCUGGUGAAGGUGACGCGUCAGCAUAACAAGGGCCUCAUUCGCACUAGUCCUGGCAAUGGAUCAGUCACCUUGACUACUCUUGGCAUCCAUUGCACUGCAUCAUUGGGCAAAACAUCGCAUCUGUUCUUGCGUCGCAAUGAGAAGCGCAUGCACUUUGAUGGCUCCAACUUUAUAGUGCGCAAUGCUGGGCACUCCGCUGGUUUCAACGAGAACAAUCUGCUGAUUGUCUACUAGAUUGGCUCAAUCCAUAGACACACACACACACACGCACACACACAAGUGCAGCUUUAGUUAGUUGCGGGGAGAGGGAUUAAUUCUAAAAAUCGGUAAAGCCAUUGAAAAAAA